UCCCGUUCCUCACAACUCAGGGCAGCGACGAUGAGCCUCCGGCCUUCGGCAGGGGACGGCAACUGCUACUACAUCCUGACCGAAGGCUUCGCCUACGGCAGCAAGUACUUCAAAUCCGGGAACAUGUGCUUCUGCAGCGAGAGGAGCUACCUGCGCAGCUUCGCCGACAGGCCCUCGGCUCGUUUCCUCAAAGUCGUCAUGCUGGACGACGGCUCCGCCGUCACCAUCAACGUGGAAAUCCUGCAGCCGGUGUGCAGGGAGGUGGCCGCCCUCCUCCUGGGCGUCGGCAACCCCAGCGAACGCUUGGACUGCUUCCUGGAGAGGCUGAGCCUCGAGGCAGCGCUGCAAGCCGGGCCUGGCCGGAAGGUGACGGUGGAGAUCGACCGGCGGCGCUUCCCUGGCGUCAUCCGCUACGUGGGGAGCAUCCACAAAAGCGCCACGGCUGCCUUGUCCCCGGUCUUCUUCGGGGUGGAGUUACAGGGCGAGGGGGAAGACAGAGGGCGCAGCGACGGAUCGUACCACAGCACGGAAUAUUUCAAGUGUAAGCCGAACUGCGGGAUCUUCCUGCCCUUCAGCAGGGUCCAGUUCGCUCCCGGCCCGGAUAACGACUACGGGAAGCAGAAGGCAAAAGCGGAAGCGGAGGAGGUGGUGCCUGUGAAGGUGGGAGACGCGGUUAGCUUCUACGUGGACGGGGUCCUCACGAAAGGAAUAGCGAUGGCAGUUUACAGGGAGGGAUCCCAGUGGUUCGUUAAAGUCUGCCCGGAAGAAGAGGGAACAACUGACAUCUUCCGAGAAAUCCCCAUGGACUCCGUGGUGAAGGAAAACUUGCUUUCUCAGGGUGUUUUUUCAACGUUCGAACCCGACGUGGGCUCGGGGCACUCGAAGCAGGUGAAGCGGCAGGCGAGCGGGAGCGGCGAGGAGUGCGAAAGCGGGAACCCGCCCUUGGAGGUGAACUCCCUGGUGCAGAUCACCUUGGACAAGGGAAAUCAGGUGUUCGGAAUCAUCCGCUGGCUGGGGUACCUACCCCAGAUCAAGCACAAGAUGGCGGGAGUUGAGCUGGAUGAAGAUAAGGGGGUCACUGCUGGCGAGUGGCUGGGCAAAUAUUACUUCCACUGCGCUCCGAAGCGCGGCCUCUUCGUGAAGCUGCAGUCCUGCCAGCCCGACGUUCGCUUCCAGUGUUCGCGCGGCAGCGACCUGAACCUCGUGGACGACAGUGCCCAGGAAGCUCUUCCCCACGCUCCCGUCAAUUUUCCUCCCCUCAGGGACGAGGAAGCCGUGUCCGUCCUGCGAGGGCGGAUGAAAGGGAUCCAAGGCCACUGCAACUCCUGCUACAUGGAUGCAGCUCUCUUCAGCCUCUUCUCCUGCACCUCCGUCCUGGACUCCAUGCUCUUCACGCCUUUCACGCUGUGCGACAGGAACGUGCAGGACAUUCUGCGGGAGGAGAUCGUUAACCCCCUCCGAAAGACCGGCUUCGUCAAGGCUCGCAGCGUGAUGCACCUCAGGGAGCAGUUAACCGAGAAGGGCAAAUGCUCGAGCUUUACCAACGCUGAGAAAGAUCCCGAGGAGUUCCUCAGCCUCAUAAUGCAGAAGAUCCUGGGCAUAGAGCCGCUCCUGAAACUGCAGUCUGGAGGCCACGAGGGACUGGACUGUUACUGCUACCAGAUAUUUAUGGACAAGCAGGAGGACCUGGUGGUUCCUGAUGUACAGCAGCUGGUGGAACAUUCCUUCCUGACCUACGACCAGAAGCUAGUGGAGAUCCCGUCUUGCUUCAUUAUCCAAAUGCCGCGAUUCGGCAAGGAAUACAAAAUGUUCAGCAAGAUCAUCCCUUCCUUAGAGCUGGAUAUCACCGACCUGCUGCUCGACAGUCCCAGGGAGUGCUGCGUGUGCGGCGACGUCGCCACCCUGGAGUGCUCGGGGUGUUUCAAAGACAAGAUAUUUGCACCUACGGGCCUGAAGCAGUUCUGCAGCACCUGCUCCAAACAGGUUCACUCCCACUACCGCCGCAAAGCCCACAAGCCGACCAGGCUGCACGUCCCAGAGGAGUUUCAGUGCCGGAGCCCCCAGGGUAGCCAACGGGUCCCCCGCGAGAAGAUGGAGCUCUUCGCCGUGCUCUGCAUCGAGACCAGUCACUACGUCUCCUUCGUUAAGUACGGCCCCGAGAACGAGCACUGGAUGUUCUUCGAUAGCAUGGCUGACAGGCACGGUGAUGCGAACGGCUUCAACAUUCCCACGGUGACGCUGUGCCCCGAAGUUGCCAAAUACCUGGACUUGCCGCUGGCUGCGCUGGCCCUGGAGCAGCCCCGGGACAUGGACGGGGUGGCCAAACGCCUCUUCUGCGACGCCUACAUGUACAUGUACCAGAGCAAGAAGAUGGCUCUUUACAAGUGACGCCGGCUUGGGCUGGGUUCAGGGACGUGGGCUUGGGGUGGCCCCGCAGCCUGUAACGGGUGAAAGGGGCCCGAGUCUGGGUGCACCCAGCUUGCACUUCUGCCUCUUCUUGCCUCUUCUUACCUCUUCCAGUGUCCUCAGGCUAGCAACGUGAGCCUGGCUGGCUUUGUAAAUCCCACGCCAGGCUUUAUCGAGACAUAGUCGGUACUUCCUGCAGGCCUGGACUCGGGAAUUCCUUACGCUCAAAUUCGCUUCCAUUCCUACCUUCCUUCUUCCUACCUCCUUCCUCCGCAGGUACUCUGCAGCUCUGCCCUACCUCAGCGUCCUCCCCACGCCCUUUCCCUCCCACGCCCAGGACCAGCAUCUC